AUGUCGACAAUCACUCUCAAAGACAGUGGCCUCCAGGUCAAGCUCCCCGAGGGCCUAUCCGAGUCCCAGCUCCUGGCCUUCCGCCCGUUCAAUAACUGGGUCAAGGGCCUGACCAGCUCCCUCGCUCUACAGGGCAAGAACACGGGCCAUCCGUUCCAUAACGACCCGUACGCCCUACGCGGCGUCACGGUUCAGGCGUUUGACAUCUUCGGCGGCGGCCGGGUCGGGUUCCUCAAGAUCACCGCCGAGGUCUCCAACAGCGCGGGCGAGAAGCUGCCGGCGAGCGUCUUCCUGCGCGGGCCGAGCGUCGCCAUGCUGGUCAUGCUCAUCCCCGACGACGUACCCGCCGACAGCGACGAGAGGUACGUCGUGCUGACAGUGCAGCCCCGCGUCCCGGCGGGCAGUCUGUCGUUCGUGGAGCUGCCGGCGGGUAUGGUCGAUGACAGCGGGAGCUUUGCGGGGGCUGCGGCGAAGGAGAUGCAGGAGGAAUGCGGGUUGGAGAUUCACGAGGACCAGCUUACGUGUCUGAGUGAGCUUGCUGGCGCGGGUAGAGCGGCGGAGGAAGAGGGCGAUGAGGGGCUUGCGGAGGCCAUGUUCCCGUCUGCUGGUGGAUGCGAUGAGUUCAUCACGAUUUACGGUCAUGAGAGGCGGAUUCCGAGGGAGCAGUUGAAAGAGUGGAGUGGCAAGUUGACUGGGCUGAGAGAUCACGGAGAGAAGAUCACGCUGAAGAUCGUGCCUAUGAAGGACCUUUGGAAGGAGGGUGCGAGGGACGCGAAGAGUCUUGCUGCAGUGGCUCUGUGGGAGGGACUUCGCCGUGAGGGCAAGGUAUGA